AGGUUGAGAGCCACUUUGCUUUAGAGUCCAUGUUUACUCCCACAGAACCCUCUUUUACUCACCCUUCCUGAAAUGGGCUGGGCUUCCCGGUCACAACUUUACCAACCUUCUUACUCACUGUAUAUUGCACAACAUGCUGUACUGUGAGACGGAGUAAAUGCAGGCAAAAGACUUUGAUCUCUGCUUUUGCCACUUGAAGAAAGUCCUGAACCUUUUGAAUCGUGCACUUGGUCCAAGAUGAAGGUUGAAUUUGCUCCUCUCUCUAUUCCCUUGGAGAGAAGGCUUCAGACAGCUUCAGUAAUUCAGUGGGUCUUUGGCUUCCUGGGACUAGCACAGUGCUGCAUAGCUCUCUUCAUCGGCCUCUUCUUCACUCGCUUUUGGCUGGUCAGCGUCCUGUACGCAGCAUGGUGGCUUCUGGACUGGGACACGCCACGCAAAGGUGGGCGACGGAUUCAUUGCGUCAGGAACAGCAUCGUCUGGAGAUACAUGAGGGACUAUUUCCCCAUCACCCUGGUGAAGACAGCAGAGCUGGAUCCUAGUAAGAACUACUUGUUCGGCUUCCAUCCCCAUGGCGUCCUGGUGGCUGGUGCCUUCGUCAAUUUCUGCACCGAAGCAACGGGGUUUUCGCAGCUGUUCCCCGGGAUAACCCCUCACGUCAUGAUGCUGAACCUCUGGUUCAGAGCGCCCUUCUUCAGAGACUAUCUGCUGAGCGGAGGCCUCAUCCCGUCAGACAAAGACAGCGCUUCCUACGUGCUGAGGAGAAAGGGAGGUGGGAACAUGCUGACCAUUGUGGUGGGAGGGGCCCAGGAGGCCCUGGAUGCGCGGCCUGGAGCCUUCACCCUACUGCUGAAAAACCGAAAGGGGUUCGUCCGAGUGGCCAUCGAGCACGGGGCUCCUCUGGUCCCCGUGUUUUCCUUUGGAGAGAACGAGCUCUUUGACCAGGUCGACAACCCCAAAGGCUCCUGGCUGAGGAGGAUGCAGCACCGUCUUCAGCAAAUCAUGGGCAUCUCCCUCCCCCUGUUCCAUGCCCGGGGCGUGUUCCAGUACAGCUUAGGGCUGCUCCCAUACCGACGGCCCAUCUUCACCGUGGUUGGGAAGCCGAUUAAGGUGGAAAAGAAGCACAACCCCUCCCAAGAAGAAGUUGAUCGAGUACAUCAGACGUAUAUUCAAGAGCUGUGCAAACUCUUUGAGGAACAUAAAACUAAAUACAAUGUCCCAGAGGACAAGCAUCUGGAAUUUAUAUAAACCAGGCCACCCCAUUUUGGCCAAACUCAGGGAUGGGCCCAAGACACAAAAUUCAGCUCCACCAUCUGGAACGCUCAGAACCUGCGGUUUGGAUUCAGCCCUCCAGAAAGCUAGGGACCAGCUGCAAAUUUGGGGUCUGUUUCCCCCACACUGGUGUGUGAUUAGAUCCAGAGUUUGAAUUUAGGCCCAUCUCUAGUUUACACUAGAACCAUAAGAUACCUUCUCCAGUUUCUCACACUUUAGAAUGUCAUGAGCACUAGGUAAGAGACUGUCAAAUAAAAAUCCCAUCAAUAUUCAAAUUCCCCUUUAGAAAAACUCCUGUUACUACGUCUGCCUUAAGAGCGACAUCACCGUUGUUAAGUGUCAGAGGGGUAGCUGAGCUAGUCUGUAACUUUAAAAACAAUGAGUGGUCCUGUGGCAUUUUAGAGACUAACAAAAAUAUAUUGGAUCAUGAGCUUUCAUGGGUAAAACUACUGUUUCUGGGCAGUGGUAUUAAGACCCUCCCUUCAAUAUAACUUUAAGGAGGUGUCGUUUUCAUAGAUUAGCCAUGGAAAAAUUCAAGUGCAAGGGUGAAGAGGCCAGUGUCCUCAGCAUCAAGAUAGGCAAUAAGGCCUUUCACCCCAAGGUCACCUGGUUGGCUUCAACAGAGGUUGUCUGCACUGCAAUCAGAAGGCGUGAUUGCAGCACAUGUACACACAGCAGACUUGGCUUUGCUCUAGCUGGCAAUGUAACUGACCUUGAGUAAUAACUGCUGCAGCAGCGGUGGCUGCAUGGGCUAGCCCUGCCCGCCCAGGACCCUGGCUACAUAGCUGAACGGCCUUCACCCAGGUCUGUCUGCACCUGCUGCUGUCACACCUCCUGGUUGCAGUGUAGACAUACUCAGUAAUCAUACCAAGGUAGCAGAUAGGAAUCAUAGAACCAUAGAGCUGGAAAAGACCUCAGGAGGUCAUCAAGUCCAGCCCCCUGCCCAAGGCAGGACCAAUCCCAACUAGAUCAACUCAGCCAGGGCUUUGUCAAGCCAAGCAUCUAUCGUGAGAGACAGCUCAGAGCAGUCACCAAUGAGCUGAGAAAAUGCCCUGAUAAAGUGACGUGUAUUCGUAAUCUCGGCUGUGUAAAGUGCUAUAGUUUUUAAACGUAAUUUUGAUGCAGACAUGUAUGCUUAUUAGUCUCUUCAUUUGGUGCUGUAUCUUACACACAUUUUGGGUUACUUCCCCCCCUCCCAGCACUAAAUAUAAUUUACUAGGAAGUUCAAAUUCCCGGUAUCACAGCGUGACCCUCUGUAACAAAGAGAACUGUUGCCAUCCAUGAAGGCUGUAUCCCACUGGCAUGAAAGAGACUAGAGCCUCUGUAAAGGGCAGGGUGCAUUUCAAAGAGUUUGAGAUCCCAGCUGAGGCAGCUCCUGCUGGAUGUUAGGUCUGGGUACAGCUGGCAACGCUCGCAGGUUGGCAUAGUACUCACAUUUCAUCACACUAUGUUGCAACCGUCUAGGGAGCCAAGGAUUCCCAAGUACUUUCUUAACAUUCAUUGAGCAGUUUUCGCAACACCCUGAUGAAAUGGAUACUGAGCCAGUUGCCCCCAUAUGAGGUAAACUGAGGCACGGAGUGGUACAUAGGCCUAAUAUUUACAAGCACUGGGCAUCCACCAACCCCACUGAAUAGGAGCGGCUAGCAUUCUGCACCUUGAAAGGAAAAAGUCAGGUUGUAAGUGAUCUGCCCUCAGGUCACCUAACCAGUUUGUGGCAGAGCUAGGACUAGAUAGAUCUACAAGAGUCCUGAGCCCAGGUCUACCAGCCUAACCACUAUCAACCCUCCCAGCUUUCGGAAUGUGUCGUGUCUGCUGAAAUAGGGAUGAAUGCAGGAAAAAAGAUGAUGCUGACAUUCCCAAAUCCCUUUGGAAACACACUCUGUGAGACUACAAAACCAUACUCCCUUCUCUCUCCGACUGCUGCAAUCCUACUGAUUUCAACAGGGCUGCACCGAUGUAACAGACAAGAGAAUCUGCCCUGUGAGUCCACGUGAAUGGUGCUACGCACACAAAGCGUUUAAUCCUAAACGCUUUCUUAAGGAGAAAGUAUGGACAGAAGAUGAAGAGGGUGGGGCUGUUUGAGACAGGAAGUAUGUUUCUAAAGGGCACAUUUGGCAGGUAAUUGGGACUUUAAUUAGCUGCUUCUUCAUAUUCAGAACUUUAUUAAAUGCAACACUUAAUGAGAUUUAGCACCAUGUAAAUUUUAUGCUGGGGAAUGAAGAGUAAUCUUUAGGAGGCCAUCAGCCAUCUGUCCAGAUUAUUUGACAUUGCCCCUAGCUCCCCAUGGUUUCUACAGCCAUCACCUCUCCCUCUUCUUCAUGUCCUCCUCCCUCAGCCAUAUGGAAAGCAGUCAGGAUGCUCUCAAAGGUUUUUAUUGUAACACUGAUUUUUAUUAAUGAAACAGCAAUCACCUCUUUUAGCACAACAGGGAAAAAACGGCAGAUUCGUUUCUAAAUGGGGAAUGCUUGGGACUGUUCAUUUUCAUUGUGCUCGUUCCAAAUUCUGAUCACAUUGCAGCUGGUAUUAUUCCGAGGCUGGAUAACUACACAAAACUCUCCUCUUUGGAAGAAACAACAGACAACAAUGGGAAAAAGCAGCAGAGCUUUGUGAACAUUUAAACACUCCUCCAGUAAUCCCAUGCUUAAUCCAGCCAAAUAAAGCAGGUCAUCUGCCAUCAUUGCGUGCACUAUUUCUAUUAAUAACUCUCUUGCUCGGGCCUUAAACAAGGUUGCCCACAUGCCACAGGGAGAUGUAUCAGGAAAAAUAAAUUACUCUCUAAGG